CCACCAACAACAACAACAACAACAACAACAAAAAACAAAAGCUGUCUGCUUCCAUCGUCUGCUUGCCUUGCCUUACCUGCACUAUAAUAAAUGGCCCUUUUCUGUUGUUUUAGUGUGUAUUACGAAAGAGAUUUAGAGUGGGUUCCCAUUCCACAUUUCAAAUGAACCUAGGUAAGGUGAUUUUCAAUCAACCAUGAGUAGCUGCUCGAAAAAGUCUGCCUCCUGUGGCAACCGAGAUGCCCCGCACUCAUCAUUCACAGAAACAUCUUGGGAGGACAGACUUUUCCAUGCUAUAAACCGAGGGGAUGCUAGAAGUGUUCAAACACUCUUAACUAAAGGUGUUAACGUCAACGCAACACACCCCUCAGGCAGAACCCCUUUGGGCACAGCAGCUCAUUUAGGCAAUGUUGAAAUUUUGAAAAUGUUACUUGGGCCAUCCCCACACUCACUUUCAAAAAAUAAUUACCUAAAUUUUAGCAAGAAACCUAAGCCAGAUGAAAGGGAGGCAGAAACUUGGUAUGGAAGUAGCUCCUCCCAAAGUAAGAAAAACUCCUUACUGUCAAUGGAUAAAAAAUUAAGUACGAAGUGUAAUGAUAUGAACGCUUCCAAAAAUUAUCGCUCAAGUUUGAGGAGAGACAGUUUAAGUAGUGAUGAUGAAAUGCCCGAUGAAGUGCUGAAAUGUAAUAGGACUUAUAAAAUGUUCAGCAGGGCAAAAGAUAAAACUGAAAAUGCAUCAGAAAAUCUCAUGGAGAUUGUGGAGAAUAAACUUUCAUCUGAGGUUUUACAACGUCCAUGUGAUAUUUUGUGCGGUUCAGAAGUUAUCAAAGAUAAAUUAGGAUACAAGACUAGGGAAGAACCAAAUCAGGGAUAUUUUAUCGUAGUGCACAAUGAUAAAUCAGAAGAGGAAACAAAAAGACCAGUCUGUGGAGACUGCUCAAAUGAACCAAUGACUCCAGAUGACAUGGACAAUCUUGAAUGGGACAGUGAACUUGAACCUGAAAAAUUUGACAGUCCUUGUGAUGAUGCAGAAAAUUCAGAUUCCUGGGUUAAUUUGUACCGUUGGUAUGCUGACUACCUUGCAAAAUCAUGUACAGUUGACAUGUCAGUUCAACAAGGUACUUGCCUUCAAAUUGAUGUGAACCAACUAGAUAUGUAUCGUCGAAGUGCAAUGCAUUAUGCUGCAGAGCAAGGCAAUAUGGAGGUCUUGCAUGUACUUAUAAGUGCAGGUUGCUCUGUUGAUGUUGGAGACUCUGAUGAUGUUACGCCGCUACAUUUAGCUGCUGCUCGAGACAACCCUGAUGCUGUUGCAUUGUUAAUUUCUUGUGGUGCAAAAGUAAAUCGCAAAAGUAUAGAUGGCACUGGCCCUUUGCACAUGGCUGCUGCUCGAGGUUUCAUUGAAACAGCAACCAUUCUCCUUCAGCAUGGUGCCUCUGUUAAUUCUCUUGAUCGGAGUGAUCGCACCCCAUUGCUCCUUGCUGUGUCGAGGGGACUUGAAGAAAUGGUUACCCUCUUGAUUUCUCAUGGAGCUAAAGUGAAUGUUGAAGAUAUUCUUGGUUACACUCCUCUGUGUCAAGCAGUAUGGCAACAGGAAAAAGAAAUUGUGCGAGUUUUACUGGCAGCUGGUGCUAAGCUGACACACUCGGAUCGCCUUCUUCAUUGUGCAAUUUUACAUCGGCGGCCGGACAUUGCAGAGUUGCUCAUAUCAGCUGGCUCUAUUGUAAAUCUUCGAGAUGACAGUGGUGAUACGCCACUUAUAAUUGCAUCUCGGUCUGGCCAAGUUAACAUGGUAAAUCUACUUUUGCAUAGUGGUGCCAUGGCGAGUUACCCCAAUGGAUUGACUGGAAGUACGCCCCUCCAUGAAGCUGUUGAAUGCCUCCGCCCUGCUCAAUUUUUGGUGCUGAAGGAAGUACUAUUAUCUCUGCUAAAUUAUCGUGGACCGAAUGGAAUAUUAAAUGUAGAGAGUUCUUCAGCCUAUGAUGUGCCUUUGGUUCGAGCUCUUGUCCAUGAUAACGAUCAUGCCCUUAUUCUUCUCAUACAGCAUGGAGCUGAUGUUAAUAUCCUGCAAAGGCACACUCCAAUAGUAAGUGAAGAUUACCUUAGAAAACGUCCAAGCAGAUUUGUGAUAGCUCAUUUGAUGGUUUAUGCUGGGUUAAACUUAUGGAAUUGCAUUCACGACGUGAAGAAGCCUGGUGAGUGUUUGAAUUACUCUCCAGCAUCGUGGAUAGCUUCAUUGAAAUUUAACCCCAUGUCCUUGUCUGGGUUAUGUCGUUUAAGAUUUCGCCAACAUCAUGGCGAAAAUAUUUAUAGAGCUGUUCUCAAGUCAGGUCUACCUUCAAGAUUAAAACAAUUCAUUAUGUUAGAAGAUAUAGUUCGUGUAGAAGAUUUUUGUCUGGACUCUUACUGUAGGGUUGAUGCAAAUUAAAGUUUUAGCCUUUUUAAUGUCUCAUGCUGAUCUUUCAGUGCUCCUCUACUGUGUAAUUUGUGAUAAAUUAAAGUAUAAUAUUAUACAAUGAUGGGAAGCAUAUAUGUUUCUUCAAAUGUGAAAAGUUUGUUCUUAAGUACGUAUUCUUAAAAUUUCUAUUGUAAAUUUUCUUGAUCUCUUACUCUGGUUUUCUGUAUGUUAUGAGAACUUCAGAAUGUGGAAUUUUCAUUGAAUGGGCUUUGAUGUUUGAUGUGAUGAUGCACUUGUGGCCUUGUGUUGUGAUUGUGUCCUUGUUAGAUCUUAAAAGAAUGUAACGUUAAAAAAAAUGACUCAACUAGCCUGUUUGUAUUUUCUCUGUUGUAAAUCCUUUCAGUUCCUUUUUAAUAAUGAAAUGAAAAGGUAGAAAUCUCAUAGAAAAA